AUGCUUAAAAAGACUCUUUUCAAUGCAAAUAAUUCUAGAAAUAAUUAUAUAAUUCUAUUAAAAUCUUUAUCAACAUCAUCUAAAGAAACUAAUUCAACUUAUAGUAAUACGUUAUUAUUACCACAAACUAGCUUUCAACUUAAAGCUAAUGCUAUAAAACGAGAGCCCUUAUUUCGUGAUAGAUGUACAAUUGAUUUAUAUGAGUGGCAGCUGGAAAAUAAUCCCAAAGAAUUAUUUAUUCUUCAUGAUGGUCCGCCUUAUGCUAAUGGAAAUUUACAUAUUGGACACGCAUUAAAUAAAAUAUUAAAAGAUAUUAUUAAUAGAUAUAAAAUAUUACAAGGCUAUAAAGUUAAUUUUAUUCCAGGGUGGGAUUGUCAUGGAUUACCGAUUGAAUUCAAAGCUUUAUCUUCAUUCAAAAAUGUAAAAUUUGCAACCUUAAAACCAAUGGAAAUUCGUAAAGCUGCAAAAGAAUCUGCAAUGAUUGCAUUGAAUGUUCAAAAAGGAGAAUUUGAAAGUUGGGGAAUAAUUGGUGAUUGGAAAAAUCCAUAUAAAACGCUUGAUAAAGAAUAUGAAAUUAGACAAUUAAAAGUUUUUCAUGAAAUGGUGAAAAAAGCUUUAGCAGAAGCAGAGUUGGAAUAUAACGAAAAUCAUAUCAGUAAUUCUGUAUAUGUAAAAUUUCCAAUAUCUUCUGAAUUAGUUGCAAUAAAUCCAAAAAUUGAAUAUUCUAUUGUGAGUACCAGAAAAGAUAAUGAUAUAAAUUUAUCGCCUGAUCAAAAUUUAUAUAUUGUUGCAACAAAAAGAAUAAAUGACCUUCAAAAGAUAUUUGAAUCUGAAUUUAAGAUUUAUCAGACAUUUGAAGGUUGUAAGCUUAUUGGAACAAGCUACAUUCAUCCAAUAAAUCAUAAAGUUUACAAGGUAAUUGAAUCAUCGCAUGUAACUGAGGAUUCAGGAACAGGUUUGGUUCAUAUUGCACCUGGUCAUGGAAUGGAAGAUUACGAAAUAUGUAAAAGAUUGAAUAGACCAGCAUUUUGUCCCGUUGAUAAUCUUGGAAAUUUUACAUCUGAAGUGGGAGAAGCUUCAUUUGAAGGAUUAUCAGUAUUGAAAGAAGGUUCAACGGCUGUUAUAAAUUUUCUCAAGAAAAAAAAUUAUUUGAUUGCAGUAGAAAAAUUCAAACAUAAUUAUCCUUAUGAUUGGAGAACUAAAGAGCCAGUUAUAUUAAGAGCUACACCUCAAUGGUUUGCUGAUGUUGGAGCAGUUAAACAAAAGGCAGUUGAAUUACUUUCAAAUGUUAAAAUGGUUCCUGAAUCUGCACGUAAUCGUCUUGAACAAUUCAUUCUAUCUCGUAGUGAAUGGUGUAUAUCAAGACAAAGAUAUUGGGGUCUCCCGAUACCAGUUUUAUACGAAGUAGAAUCAGAUACUCCAUUAUUAACUGAUUCUUCAAUAGCUCAUAUUAUUAAAAUAAUUGAAUCCUGUGAAGGUUCUGAUUGUUGGUGGAUAUUGGAUGAAAGAGAAUUACUUGCACCUGAAUAUCAAAAUAAUGGUGUAAAAUAUAAAAAAGGCAUGGAUACAAUGGAUGUUUGGUUUGAUAGUGGUGUUUCUUGGGCAACAAUAUUAGAUAAUUUUCCAAAUCGUAUAAAUUCGCCUACUAUUUCAGAUUUGUAUCUUGAAGGAAGUGAUCAACACCGUGGAUGGUUUCAAUCUUCAUUAUUAACAUCUGUCGCGGUUAAUAAUAAAGCGCCAUAUUCAACAGUAAUUACACAUGGAUUUGUGUUGGAUGAAAAAGGUCACAAAUUUUCAAAAUCAAAGGGUAAUUUUAUUGAGCCUAAAACUAUUAUAAAAGGUGGAAAGAAUUUAGCAAAAGAACCACCAUAUGGAGCAGACAUAUUAAGAUUAUGGGUUGCUUCAACUGAAUAUGUGAAAGAUGUCAAUAUCGGGAAAAACAUAUUAAGCCAAAUAGCAGAAAAUAUGAGAAAGUAUCGUGGAACUGCAAGAUUUAUGUUGGGAAAUUUGAAUAAUUUUAGUCAUAAACAAUUAGUUUCAUUAAAAUUAACAUCAUCAAAAAAUAUCAUUAAUCUAUUAAUCUAUUAUCAACCAGUCACCCAACUCUUGAAUAAUUUUACAAAUGUUACAUUAUCAGCAUUUUAUUUUGACAUAGUAAAAGAUAGAUUAUAUGCUGAUCAUAUUAAAAGUUUAAGCAGAACAAGUGUUCAAACCGUUUUGUAUCAUAUUUUAAAUGUUUACACAAUUGCAUUGGCUCCAAUAGUUCCACAUUUAGCAGAAGAAGUUUAUGAAAAUUUUAAAAGUUGUAAUUCGACAGAAUAUGAAAGUGUAUUUAAAUUAGGAUGGUAUAAUUUGAAUUGGAAUAAUUUAAAGAUUCAAGAAGAAUGGAAUGUCUUAAAAGUUUUGAGAUCAGAAGUGAAUCAAUCAUUGGAAAAUGCCAGAAAGAAUAAGCUGAUAAGAAGUUCUUUAGAAGCUACCAUUGAAUUAGAUGUGACACCAUCACCUUUGCAUAACUUACUAAAAAAGCAUGCGCCUGACAAUUUACAACCACCAGUAACUAAAGAAGAGUUUGAUGGUUUGAAAAAAAUUGAUGAUGUAAAGGGAUUAUUUAAAAUUCAG